AUGACAACCUCAAAACCUACCUUCACAAUCGCCAUUCAACCCCCUCCAGGCCCAACAACCACCCUCCACCUCCCAACCCACCCCUCCGCCGCCAGCAACCCCCCACUCUUCAACGAUGCAAUGCAAAUCCGCAUGCGCGUCUUCGUCGACGAACAGCACUGCACCCCCGAAUCCGAAAUCGACGCCGACGACACACGAAGCUGGCAAUGGGUGAUCUACGCAUGGACAGGAGCAGCAAACAACGCACAAGACUCUACUUCUUCUUCUUCUUCUUCUUCUUCUUCUUCUUCUUCAACGGCAUCAUCCAUCCCCGUCGCAGUCAUCCGUCUCGUCCCCCCACCGCAACCACCACACGCCCUCCUCACACACCCGCACGACGCGGCAACAAAACACCUUCCCGACUGGGACUGGACCCAUGAGCCUUGUAUAAAACUCACCCGCGUCGCCGUGCUCCCCGAGUACCGCGGCCACAAGCUGGGUCGACGUCUCGUCGAGACGGCAUUGACGUGGGCCGCAACACACGCGGGGGAGAUUGAUGCCGCGGCGGCGCAAUUAGCAACCCAGGCCCAGGCCCAGGGCCCAGCGCAGACGAAUGACGAUUUCAACUCGACGGUGGUUGAGGGGGGAUGGUCUCCUGCUUCGUGGAGGGGAUUGGUACUUGUGCAUGCGCAGGUCGAUGUGGAAGGGAUGUAUCGGGGGCUUGGGUUUGUGACGGAUGAGGGGUUGGGGAGGUGGGAUGAGGAAGGGAUUGAGCAUGUUGGGAUGUUUCGGCGGGUGGAGUUGUAA